AAAAAAAAAAAAAGGGACAUGAUCGACUGAGUUACUCGACUCGACUCGACUGACUCGACUCGACUCCAUCGUACCGGUACCGCAGAUCUGACUCUACCAUGGCAACAGCGCAACAGCACGUGCAGUAAUCUCGAGCUCUUUGCUGCAGACAUCGAAUUAGCAUGUCCUCUCGAUCUGCAGCUCGAAAGGAUCUUGGGCAAAGCUCUGACACUAUGUAGCUAGCUAGCGCAGUCGAAUCCAGGGGUAUCAUGCAUGUGUAUUGUUAUGCUCAACGAUCGAUCGAGUGGCAUCCGAGGUUGUCUGAAGUCGAUCCCGCAUGUAUGAUUCCGGUACCCACACCACACCACAGCAGAGCAGAUUGACUGAAGCGAAACGGUUGAUCUGAAAGAAUGAUAGCUGCAUCGAUCGUUGGAGUUGUUCCAAAAGAUCAAACUUACGUAGGUCUUGGCGGCACUGCAGAAUGGGGUAGAGGACUGAAAUUUUCAUUUAUUCCCUAUUCUUUCAUUCUUUUCAACCUGGAUCCAUAGUGGUUUCAUGUACUUGACCAAGGACGCAUAGCUUGAGACCGACCACCUAAUCAGAUCAACUAUCAGGUCAAGACACAUCCAGCCAGCCAGCCAGCUAGCUAGCUAGACAUUCGUCGAUCAAGCCAUGGGAAAGAGGCGAAACCGCAAGCGCAACCGUCAACCGAGGAACCGAUUGCUUCAGUUCAGGGCGCAGUCUUUGGUGCAGAGCGUGCAAGACGAAGCAGGACAAGAAGAAUACAAGACCAAUCACAAGAAAUUCCUUCAAGAGAUUGCAGAUAUUGAAAAGGAUUAUUUGAGCCGCACUGUCUUUGUAGGCAGUGUCAAGUCACUCAAUGAUCCUACGAAUCUCAAAUUGCUCAAGAGCUUUUUGGAAGAGAAUUAUGGCCGUGUAGAGAUUUGCGAGAGACGGUUCAAACGGGGCGAGAGGUACCCACGAGGGCGUGUGCGUUUCUAUGAUCGAAAGGAUGCCGAGAAGAUAUUUGGUAUGCCUCUCAUCGAAGCACUCAAGCAAAACAAGGCUACCUCCGCGGUUUGCUUUACUGUGGGGUACGUCCCCAGGAGAAGGAGCCAUCCAUGCAUGAAUGAAGAACCCAAGAUUACGAUCAGGCCCUCGUCCAAGUAUCCUGGGAUGGUGGAAAAUGAACUGGAGAAUUCCAAGCUCAUUAGUAUCAAUACGGAACUUCUUUCCUUCGGGCAUUGGUUUCCAAUGGGAAAGGAUGAAUGCAUGAACAUGCCUGGACUUGAGACGAUUGGAAGAACAGACAAACACCUUUGGGUGGAAGAGGAGAAGAACACCCAAGUAAACCCAAUCGUUUCAUUUGACUUCAUGAAAUCAGUGGUCGAGCUGGAUAUGACGCAUUGUGAGGCAACAGACCCUUCAAUUGAUCCUUCCUUUGGUAUCCUUCUCGCGACAAUGCUCAGUUCAUUGAAAAGAGACGAAAAGAAAUUCGCCUCCUUUCGCUUCAAAGAUCUAGCCCAUCCGAUGGAAUUGUGUCGGUGUGACCAAGAUCAAUACUAUUUGAUCUUUUCGUUGAAGCAUCCGCCUCGUCUCUGCUCGACCUGGACGGAAACCAAUGGCUGGGAGAAACGAGAGCGUCACACAUCAAUUGCUGGGUUGGGAGAGGAGGCGUUUGGAUCUUGCUUGGGCUAUAAACUUCGAAUCAGCAGUACGGAAAUGAACAGAUUGCUUCUGAACAGGAAGGGAGUGGAGAAGCUGCACAAUUUCGGAAUUCUCCGCGACGGAGUCGACUCAAUGCAGCAAGCAGAGGCCUUCCAGGUCGAGUUGGCCAACGAGACACAAAGAAUUGCCUUCAACGGACUUCUGGAAAGCAUGGGAAACUCAAAGGUUGGGCUGCUUGUCCGUUCCAUCUUGGACAACCAAUCAUGUUGUUGGCUCCACAUGUUUGAGGAUCGCGCUACUACUGAUGAUAAUCGCCUUCAAGGCUUUUGCGACUUGGUCUGUCAGGGCAGUCCAAACACGGUGGCAAAUGUGUUGACUCAAAUGAAAGAUUCUCACGGCAAGACGAUUUAUCCUGCCCACAUGUUUCUUGCCUUGCAUGGAGCUGCGGUCGAAGAAGAUGAAACUGAGCCACGCUCGAUUCCUCAGUUCUGCAUCGAUCUGCCAAGGCUUAUCAUCACUCCUACGCGAGUGUGUGUUGCAGGGUUUCAGCAAGAAGUUAGCAACCGCCUAGUUCGGAAAUUCCUACAAGAGUACAGCUUUGCACCUGAAUCUUUUGUUCGGGUCAGUAUUGGAGACGAAAACAGCGACAAGCUAUUCUCCGAUGACCUGCAAGCGGGAUCCUUGUCAACCAGAAUCAAGACUUUGCUCCUGAAAGGAAUCAAAAUCAACGGUGCUACAUACAGAUUCCUGGCUUAUUCGUCGAGCCAGCUCAAGGAACUCUCAGUGUGGAUGGUAUGUCCAGAAGACGGGUGGUACGCAGAAGCGAUGCGAGACUCCAUGGGCGACUUUUCCAUGUGCAAGACCCCUUCCAAGUACGCCGCCAGGAUUGGCCAGUGUUUUUCAACUACAGUUGAAACACGUGGCCACACGGGUAUUGGAGGGGACAGAACCAGCAAUUUGCGAGUAAAGGAUGAUCUUGAUGACAUCAACACGUUCAAUUCUGCCACGGGCGAAUGGAUGGAACAUUCAGAUGGUGCUGGAAUCAUACGCAAAGACGUUCUUGCGGCACUAGUGAGCACUUUCCCCUUCGGUCCCAAGGAACCGAGUCAUGUCUCUGUGAUUCAGAUCAGGCUUGGAGGGGCAAAGGGAGUUCUGGUAGGAUGGGACUUCAAAACUUUGCCGGGAGGAGUCAACUUUCCACACCGUGAUCUGCAUCCUGGAGUCAAGCAGUUCCAAAGUAGUGAUCUACAGAAUUGCGACGUGUUCUUACGCCGAAGCAUGGUGAAAUUCAAGGCCCUGUAUGAUACAUUGGAGGUUGUGUCUAUUGGCAGCCACGUUCCGUAUUACUUGAACCGAAAUGUCAUCUUAAUCCUGAGCCGCCAGGGAAUAUCUGACAGGACUAUUCUCGGUUUGCAAGCAGAGAUGCUUGAAAAGUUGAACCGUAUGCUCACGGAUCGACAAUUUGCGUGCUCGUUUAUUCGAAGUCUCAGCGGUCCUGAUAGCAGCCUCGUUUCGACUCUAGUGCAGAUGCUCGGCGCUGGUUUGGAACCAAACGAGGACCCUUUCCUUUUCUCUUGUCUGCACGCAACACGAGCACACCACCUUAUGGGUCUGCGGAGGAAGGCCAGGAUCCAUGUCGACAAGGGUGCAGUGCUGAUUGGGGCGAUUGACGAAUUGGGCCUUGUCCCCGAGGGUUGCAUUUUCUGUCAAGUUCGAAUGCCACGAGCAGAAUCGACAAACGAGGACGAGGAAGAUGGCGACGGGUUUCAGCCGGUCUUAGGACCAGUUCUGGUAACAAAGCAUCCUGUGAUGCACCCUGGUGAUCUUCGAAUGCUGCUGGGGGUUGACAUCCCACAGUUGCGAGGCCACAAGAAUGUCGUUCUGUUCAGCCAGCAUGGUGAAAGGCCCGAAGCCAACAAGAUGAGCGGCUCGGAUCUUGACGGCGAUCAGUUUGCACUGACCUGGGAUGAGAGGCUAUUCCUGUCGAGCACUGCUGAUCCAAUGGAUUAUACACCAUCGACAAAGGCACCGGAGGCCAAGGCCAUAAACAAUGCAUCUCUUAUCGACCACUUCAUUGAUCAUGCACGGGCUGACAAUGUUGGACGUAUUGCCAUGCUCUGGUUGGAUCAUGCGGCCGACAAAAAGGAUGCUGGCUGUGAAGAGUGUUUAGAACUCGCCAACCUUCACUCGAUUUCAGUGGACUUUCCAAAGAGUGGCAUUCCGGCUGUUGUUCCCAACAAUCUGAAGUUCCCCAGCACCCAUCCACGAGCUCAUUGGCGCGAGUUUAAGGGAGGCAUAUCUUUCCACUGCGACAGCAUUGUGGGCAAGCUCUAUGAUCAAAUCAUAGAUGAAAUCAGACGAACCGCGAACAGUUUCACAAGAGCUGGCUAUGAAACCGCUGGCGCAGGUCGAUUCAGAGACAAGAAUGGCCAAAUUCUGUUCCUGGUGGAUCCAACAGGUAUUAUCAAGUGCAAGCAGGAAAUAUACAACCCCUCAGUCCCCAGGCGGCUUGGAUGGUCAUUGAAUGAUGGGCUGAGUAACAAACUGCUAGCUUUUGCAAAUGAACAGCGGCAUGAGUUCGAGCGGCAAUUGAUCGGGCUGAUGAAUCAAUACAGAAUCGAAUGUGAAGGUGAAAUUGCCACGGGCUGCAUUCUCAAGUACCACAAACUCUAUCAACGACGGAGGCACGAUGUUACAGAAGAGGUCCGCAGACAGUUCGGACUCCUUAGAAGAGAGUUCCGGAAUGAGUUCUUCCGGGCGGCAAACAAGAUGUUGAACAACAAAUUCAAUGAAUAUCUUAGCGGUGUGGUGGACGACGAAGACGACGAGCCACGGGACGAAGACUUGCAAUGGAUUCAGGACGCCGCAACAACUGCUUCUGAUACAUCUGUUCCUUGCGGCAACGCGAAGGUUGAGGCCGCAAGGGACUGUUCACGCAAACUUGCUGCUGCUUACUACAUGGCGACGUACAGUCCCGAAAUGCACAAUGUCGAUGUUCGCUCUGCACUUUUCAGUUUCCCAUGGGUGGUUGUGGGUGACGUGAUCACCAAGGGAUUGACCAAAAACAGCGGCGCAAGUUGAAGGUUCUGACAGUUGACGGCUAAAGGCCUUGUGGCGAUGAUGUUGCUGACUCUAUCACCACGGAGUCCUCGUGCAACUGAAUUCUCAAAUCUGAAGCGACUAAUCUAUUCAUUGCUCAUGAUGGCUUGAUCCCCCGUUAUCCAUACAAAUAGCACCUUACUUUAAAUUAUAAUCGAUCCACCCUCAGC